GAGAAUAGCACUAGUAUAAAAUCAUUCCAAAAUGGCUGCCAUACAAAGACUUGCAAAACAAGCGUUUAUAACUUUUAGAACCAAAGAAUCCCCUACUUUCCCCACCAAUUUCGAAAUACUGAAAAACCUGCUAGAUAAUCUUACUGCCGAGGACAUCAACCUAGAAGUACCCAAUGAAGAGUCUGGGAACAUAAUCAAGCACCCAAGCGGAGCACCAGUGUCUCAUAUCGGUAUCUAUGAAUGUCCUUAUUUCUCUAUGGGUGUUUUUAUUGUUAAAAAAGGCUGUGAAAUCCCUCUUCAUGACCAUCCAGGAAUGUAUGGCUUAUGUAAAGUUCUCUAUGGCAAAUUACGAAUCAGAAGUUAUAAUCUCUGGAAUGUUGGGUCAAAUGAUGAUGACAAGCAAGUUCAUCAACCCUUUAAUGGCCAUGGAUUGAUUCAAAGGAAGCCAAUCAGAUGUCAAUCACCUACUGAUUACACAUUUGAUGCCGAGGGAGGAACAUGCAUCCUUUCUCCAAAGACUGGCAACUAUCAUUCAGUUCAUGCAGUUCCAGGUCCUACAGCGUUCUUGGACAUUUUAGCACCACCCUAUGAACCAGACAAGRUAGAUAGAGAUUGUACUUAUUAUAAAGACUGUGAUCCACUGGAAAAUAGUGAUUUGUUGGAAAAUGGCGAUGACAAGGACAGGAUAAGAUGGCUGAUACCAGUAAAUGCUCCAAGAGAUUUUUAUUGUGAUUCACAGAAAUACAUGGGACCAGAUAUAGAGUUGUGAUUCCAGUCUUUUGAGGGUGGUGUCUGACAUUGAUGGCAUGUCAAUCAGAGGGGUAUCGUAAAACAUGAGGAUGACCAAGCGUGAUUACACCUGCCGUGUAUGACAGACAGUUAAUGGACUAUAAUGAAAUGAUAUAAUAGCCAAAUUAUAAGUUUUGAAGUAACUUAUAAAGGAAUCAAAGCAUGUUGAAAGCCUUAAAAGGUGGAAGAAAAGUUAGAGAAAUUUGGGGCAUGAAACACUAAUUACAGUGCAAAAAAUAAUGGCUGGUCAAUAGAAAAUGUCUGGUCAAUAAAAAAUGUCUGGCCAAUAAUCGGCACAUAUCCAGCGACACUUCUCUUAGACUGGUCUUCUUGACAAGUCACAUUCAAUGUUCACAGCUUGAUCAGUGUGAUGUGGUCAAGUCAUCUUUUCUGGACAUUGAGCGGCCAUUAUUUUAGCCCUGCAUAAUGAGGUGGAAUUGAAGGCACCCUCGUGUYAACUUUGAAUAAUUACUGCUGGUUAUUGUACUUGUCAUGUUCAUUGAAUCUGACAAAACAUUUUACUUCAGUUGGUUUAUUUUCAUUAUCUAUCAAUCAACAUGACAUCUACAGACUUACCUCUCAUAAUUUCAUUUAGCUCUUACUCUCUUAGAAAUAACAAAAAUUUCUUGGAAGGUUGAGGUUUAAGGGUAGUCUGAGCUGCCCCACCUCAUACAUAUCUAACAAAACCUUUAGCCCCUUGCAAGAUCUUACCUACAUUGAACCUACUUGGGGCCCUCUUAAGCUUGAAACUGCCCCUAUCGGGAGUUUAACCAUUAAGUUAUCUCCCUGUUGGAGUAGCUGCAUAUUAAAUCAAGUGAGGUUUAUUCAUAAUAUUGUCACUAGGGCUAAAAAUAUGGCAGGUCAACGAUGGUAGUCUUUCAGUCAAAUGCGUCUUACACAGGCCUUCUUGACCAGUGAUGUGGCAAUCGUAAUGUCUGACUAUUGAUCAGCAGCUGCUGUUGUUUUAGCCCUGGUUUACAACAGAACCUCACUCACCAGGUUGUAUAUUUUAAAAUAAUUUAAGAAAAAGUUAAGUAUUACUAUUCGAUAAUAAUAAUUUAUACAUCUUAUCACAUCUCUUCUGUUCUUUUCUUGGUUCUCCAACUUAAUUUUWAAAAAAACUUUUUUAAAUAAUAAAGUUCUGGCUGGCCAUCGAACUACUAAAUCUCUCUGAUAAAAUUAUUAUAUUAUUACUAUCAAAAUGUAGAAUCUAAAGCAAGAUAGUACAGUCAAGAGCUCACACACUUCAAUAGUCUAUAGGGAGACAUUACUUCAAAGCAUACAUUGAUACCCUUGUAAAAAAAGUUAGUUUUAAGAUAUCUAGUUGAUAAAAAGCUCUGCAAACUGGUAUGGAACCUAAGUAAUUAUUGUUGUGCAGUCAUAGAACGAACUUUUUAAAAAAGUUAGUUUUAAGAUAUCUAGUUGAUAAAAAGCUCUGCAAACUGGUAUGGAACCUAAGUAAUUAUUGUUGUGCAGUCAUAGAACUUUUUAGUACCUUAGGUGUAAUGUUUACACAUUUCAGACAGUCAUUCCCUGGAGUAUUAUUUCUGUGUUUAAUGAUUGUGCAUGAGAAGACACAUGAAUAUAGGUUCAACUACAACAAAAAUUAAUGAUCUUGUUGCCAGGAGGAUGACACAUGAAGCUGAAAUGGGAAAACAUAGAAAGUGCAAUCUCAAACAGACGUGACUUUUAAUUCCUAAAUGAAUCUUACUCUCAAGGGAUGACAUGUAUGCAGAAAUAGGAAAAACAUCUUAGUAGCACUCAUCAGGAUUUACUACAGAUCUCACUGAACUGUGGCGACAUGCCAAAAAUUUGUCUCGCUACCAAACCCUAAUUUGUCUACUGACACGUCUACUUUUGUUACAUGUAUUACAUUGCAUACCUUACUGGUAAUGUGCUAGAUCCGAGACAGUGACAAAAGUAGGCGUGUCAGUAGACAAAUUAAGGAGUUGUACAAUUUUGUUAGCUUUUUCACAGACACGUGUAUGGUAUAUGCACUCAUGUCUGGUGUAAUCAAGCAAUUUGAAGAUCAUUUUAAUGAAUAUACUCAACUUUUUUUCCAUCUAGAUAUGRGGAUAUUGCUUUAUUCAUCAAAUUCACUAGCUAGUAGUCACGUUUUUCACUUUUUGCCCCGAAAACUGUUUUUGAAAUAGGUGUAUCUAGAUACCCAUAGUUAACAUGGGGUCCUGGAUCUGUAUCUCACUCGAGCUCUCAGCUGAUAACUUCUAGUUUCUCUAUGGUAUAAGAUACAAGUUUAAAUGGUGACUAAAUGAGACUUGAGCAUUUUAUGUAUAUAAAAAAUGGCUGCCUUGAAAGCCCUUCUUCAUGCCAUGUUACAGUUUGCAAUACACAGUCAAAGAUGAAGCUUAUAAAAUAAAAGAAAAUAACUUUGAAAUAAAUAAAAGGAAAAAAUAUUCUA